GGUGCCGCGCCCGCCAUGCUGAUCACGCUGUGCUACCUCUACCUAUGGGCGCGCUGGGGGCCCUGCUCGGCCGCGCUGAUCCGGCGCACAGUGCGGCGCCUGCACCGCUCCCGCUGCUCCUUCACCUUCUGCUGCCGCUGCUGCCGCCGCGCCGCGCCGCCCGACGAGCGCGUGUGCCUCAGGCUGGGGAACAAAGUCUUCUUCACGGACGAGGCGCAGCUCCUUGAUGAUUUAAACAGAUGGAGUCUACUUCUCAUUUCUCCUUUUAUUUAUCCUGAUAAAUUGCUAGAAGCAGAACAUAUAGCUUUUGUGACAGAAAGCAUUUCAGCUCAGACAGAUAACUUGCAGAAAGUACCUGUCUCUUCGAAAGAGGUUGUGAAGUGGUCAGACUAUUGUUCACCAUUGGCCUAUAAACCUGGGGAACCUUAUAAAUUAAUUGCUGAAGCAAGUGUAGAUAAUUUCAGCAACCUUGGAAUAGCAUUCAUGGAAGACAGGCUUCAAAUGGAUAACGGAAUGGUGCCACACAAGAUUGUUUCUGUCCAUUUACAGGAAUCGACUCUGAAGGAGUUGACGCAGGUGGCACCAGCUGUAAAAGAGAUGAGUAGAAACAGUACACAGGUGAAUGAAGCAACUCCUACUGCUACUCUUGGGACUACUGCUAAAUCAAAGUUAGGAGUAGCUGAGUCUGUAGGACAAGGUGAUCAAGAGGCAGAAGAGAAAUCCAAGCUAGAGAAAGAAAGCGAGUAUGAAGAUGAAUCCAACAGCCCGUCUGACAAAGAGACAGGCUUUGGAGAGCAUCAUCACUUGCAUCUUUCGAGCUGUCACGAAUGUCUGCAGCUUGAAAACAGCACUAUUGAAUCUGUCAGAUUUGCCUCUGCAGAAGACAUUCCAGAACUUUCUGACCAUUGCAAUAGCAAACUGGAUGAGAAUGGUGGUGAUUGUCUGGCAACAGGAAUAAAGAGAGUAAACCUUGCUGGAAAGCCCCCUAAUGUGUUGAUUUAUGUUGGUUCUGAAACUGCAAAAGUGGAAUUUGACCAAGUAAAAUCAAUCCUCCUGGAAUGCAUUGAUGCAGACAACUACACCAUCUACCAGCUGCAUGAGGAGCAAGUUCUGAAAGAUCCAUGGAUUGAUAAUGCAAUGCUGUUGAUCAUUGCCACAGAGGAGCCUAUUUCUGACAAGAACCAAGAACAGUUUGUGAAGUUUUUAUCUAAGGGUGGAAAGAUUCUAGGGUUUUCUUCCUCGUUUACAUUUGGUGGUAUACAAAUAAAGAGAAAAGACAAACUGAAGAAGACCGUUCAUGAAUUAGUUGUCUCUAAAACUGACAGCACUGAAGUGAAAUUAAACCUUUUGAUCAGUGGCUGUAUUUUUGAAGUAAAGAAGGAAAGUAACAGCAAAGUGAAGCCAUUGAGUCAUUUAAAUAAUGCUGAUAAAGAUACAGUUAUUGUUCAUCUGCCUUACGGAGACAAUGGAGGAGAAGCCAUUCUUUCUCAGGUGCACUUGGAACUGGAUAUCAGUUCUGUGGAUUUCCAAACUGAAGAGGAUUUUAAUUUGCUUAAGAUGAGCAAUACCAAGAGAUAUGAAGUUCUCAAGGAGAUCCUGGUAUCGCUUGGCCUAAGUUGUGAAUUAAGUGAAAUUCCUCCUUUAACGCCUAUUUACCUUCUCUCUUCUGAUGAGGAAAUCCAUCUUGCAUUCCUGAAAUGGCUUGAGGAAAACGUAAAUGCUGAAGGAUUAAUAGAAUCCAGCAAAGUGUCUCUUAAAUUUGUUUCAUCUUGUGAAUCAAAAAUGGAGACAACUCCAUCUCUGAUGUCAGUCAUCACUGAGAUGGGAAACUUCUCAUCAGAACAUUUCAGCCUGGAGAUGUAUCAACAGAAUCUGCAAACAAAGAAGCUUGGAAAGAUUCUUCUCUUUACUGAAGUUACUACCACAACAAUGAAUCUUCUGGAUGGGUUAAUGUUCAAGUUGCCUGAGGAGAUGGGUUUAAUAGCAAUUGCUGUUCGACAAACACAAGGGAAAGGUCGUGGUGGAAAUGUUUGGCUCAGUCCCAUGGGUUGUGCACUAUCCACUUUGCAUAUCACAGUUCCUCUACAUUCCAACCUGGGCCAGAGAAUUCCUUUUAUUCAACACCUAGUGUCCUUGGCAAUGGUAGAAUCAGUUAGAUCAAUUCCAGGAUAUGAGGACAUUGAGCUACGAGUAAAAUGGCCAAAUGAUAUUUAUUACAGUGAUCUUAUGAAGCUUGGUGGAGUUCUGGUAACCUCUACACUUAUUGAAACAACAUUUCAUAUACUUAUUGGCUUUGGAUUUAAUGUGAACAACAGCAACCCCACCAUAUGCAUCAAUGACCUCAUCACAAAAUUUAAUAAGGAAGAGGGGACAAAACUGAAGCCUUUAACUGCAGACUGCCUUAUUGCAAGAACUGUAACUGUGCUAGAGAGGCUUAUAGAUAUUUUUCAGGAGAAAGGGCCCAACGGAGUUCUUCCCCGUUACUACAAGUACUGGAUACACAGUGGUAAGCAAGUCCAUCUCUACAAUGAGGAGGGCCCAAUCGCAUGGAUAGUUGGGAUAGAUGAUUAUGGAUUCCUUCAAGUUCAUGAAGAAGGCAAAGGUGUAGAGUCUGUGCAUCCAGACGGCAACUCUUUUGACAUGCUGAGAAACCUCAUAAUCCCAAAGCAUUAACAGUCCUCAGAGCUCACAAUGCAAAUAAGGCUCUUUACUGUUCAACACCAAGCCCCUAAGCUUGCUUAAAGGUGGGAGGGUGGUUGAUGGCGUGGCUGUUUUUUUGUUUUUCUUCCAAUUUCUGAUGUCUUUGUUCUCUGAGAUGGAUAACUUCAACAGUUUAAGAAGAAGUAUCUUUUUGCUAAAGUCCUCUAUUCUUAUGUAUUAACUUAAAAACGCAUCUAAGUUGCCAUUCUUUGUAAGUACCUUUUCUUUAAAAGGACCCUGAUUUCAAAGGAAUACUUUAUAAUGAACAGAACUUCUUUGAUUACACACUGUAUUUGGUUAAAUCUUUUGUUUUAAGAAGGGGUGUUUUGAUUGUGCUUAGUGCAAUACUGUACAAGAUUUACAUAUUUACCAUAUUUUUACUAACUAGAUUCAGGGUUUUUUGUUGUCUGCAGUGGAAUCAUCUAGAAGAGCUCAUCAUAUAUUUCUGAAUUAGUGGGCUUGCCACUGUGCUUAGCUUCAGGUCUAAGUAGAACCUUGCUGACUUGGUUCUUCUCCAUAUGGACCUAUACAACAGUUUACAUACUGUGCUUUGGUCUCAGGUCUGCAACUCUGUCAUGGCUGCCUUGAGUUUUUGGAGAGUUUUCCAUCAGCUCGUAAGAACUGUGGUUGUUUAUACCAAUGUAUUUUUGCUUUUCCUACUCAGUUGGAUCUAAGCAAAUCAUCUCAUAUCUCCUUUAAAUUACAGUCUUCUGAGAGGUUUUAGCCCUAUAAGAAUAGACCACUGGAGGUCAUGACAGGUGUAACACCUAGUUGAAAAGCUCUUAUCUGGGUUAUUGUAGGAUUCCAUUCCAGAGGAUGGAAGUCUAAACAGUUUAGAGUUUAAUUCUAAUUCUAAUGUUGUAGUAAAGAAGUUAAGAGAAUAAGUAAGAGAAAAUGCCCCACUCUUUAAGAUCCCUGCCAUAAACAAUUACUACAGUGAAAACAAGAAAACACUCAGUUAUCUGUGUCCAAACUCUCUUCCAUGGUUUCUGGUUUCACCUCUCCUUUCCCAAAGUAGGGCAUCUGUUUUUGCUGCUAACCACUGAGAACAAGAGGUUUAACAUCUGCUGACCUGGAAAUUACUUGCUUUUGGGGCUGGCUGCAGAGCAUUAGUGUGGUCAUGUUUGGAAAACAUUGUAAGGUAGACGUGUGGGAGCUUCUGUUGGAUAGGCAGAUUGUUGGGUUUUUCUCCUGUGCAAGAUGAAUUUGCACCAGGAGGCUGGCCACCAGAGCACUUCAAAUGGUUCUCUACAAACGAAAAGUUUAUCAUAGGUGUGAUGUGGCCAGCUUCAUUUCCUCAAGUAGGCAGCACUGCUUAUUAUGUUACCUUGUCCCUACUAAAGGUGGAUCAGCCAAAUUGGUUUCCACAAAGCACUUCUGUCUACUAGCCAGAAAUGUUUUUUUUUAGGUUAAAGUUCACCUCAUAAACAAUCUGAACAUGUUAGUAGAUUGUUUCAGUUACAAAGCCAAGAAGUCUUAAAGCAAGGAAGCUAGUCUGUAAUGGUAAUUUAGAGUAAUCCUCACAUAUUAGGUUUUAGGUGGUUUGGCAGCAAGUGCUAAAAAUUAAGUUGUCCCUCUUACAUUCAGGACUUUUUGCUCCAUAUCACAGUAUACUAGUGUGUGUGCCUGGUUGUCUGUCCCCUGCUGUUUUGUUUUCCCUUGUGAUCUGCAUCAUAUGAGACUGCACACCAAUAUUUCAUAGAACUGUACAGUGGAGUGUAGACAGCUGUUAAUUGGCUUAGUUAAAAUGAUACACACGAACACCGAUUUUUACAUUUUCCCACCAGAUGCUUCAAAACUGCUUUGGGCUGUUAAUUUUUGGCAGCUACCUUUAUUUCAGAAUCAAAUAUUGAUGUAUAUUAUAAUUGAAUUAAAUUUGAGUCUGAGUUAAUAAAGUUUAAAUAAAAAAGAGCCCAUUUAUAUAUACAUAUA